AAACACUAACGCAGACAGGACGGUAACUGCACGACAGUUGGCGGUGGACCUUUUGAAUUGUUACUUGAUGUCACACUGUUAGUCUUGGAAAUAAUGGCAGAUUUAACGUGCGCUUCGUAUCAAAACCCUUUUAUCACGGAAAUUACCACCGUAUUAAGUGAAAGUGCCCAGGCAAAGGUUCUCCUGGGGAAACAAGUUGACAACGGGAAAAUCGUGGUCGUUAAGGUUCCAUAUCUGGACCACGAUGACAGCAAAAGACAACGUGAAGUAGAGCUACUGGCACGGGCGACCAAAAAGAUAUUUGCAUUUGACCAUGCAAAUAUUGUCCGCCACUUUCAUGAAGAAAUUGGUAUGGUUAAGACAUCCGCGAUUCCCCGUUUCAACGUGUUGGAUAGCCAAUUCACUCGUGUUCCUCAGUAUCAUAUCGUAAUGGAAUUUUGCUCGGGCGGCACACUUCAUGACCUUUUGAAGACGAGUUCCCUCACCGCUAUAUUGGUACAAAAAUGGACCCAUCAGUUGGUCAGUGGUCUCGCUUAUCUUCACGAUCAGCGAUUCGCUCAUAAGGAUCUCAAGGGCGACCACAUCUUUCUGUCGUCUCUAGAUCUGAACACAUGCAGCUUGAAAAUUGGUGGCCUUGUGAAUCUCAAACAGUUGUUGCCAAGUACAGCAACGUCCAUGUAUUGUGGAGAUGUUGCCAAUAAAGCCAGCUCAUUUGCCUUCAUGGCACCAGAGACGAUAACUGGUUCCGAAGUAGAAGUCGAACCUGCUGGUGAAACGAAGAAACUGGGACGACGAAGCGAUUUAUGGAGCCUAGGAUGCGUAUUGAUCCAAAUGAUAACCAGAACCCUUCCAAGAUUCCUCAAGCAGAAUGGUGGCACGGUCACGGCAGUGACGGGGGAACUGGCGAUUGUGUAUUUUGUCGGCAGCGGAGGGUCACCCACGAUCCCCAGUAAUAUUCCGGUUGUUGUCAGGCAUUUAAUCGAACAGUGUCUGGCUCGAGAUCCCAAUGAUCGCCCUACGGCCGAUACAUUACUGCAGCAUCCGUUCUUCAGCUGCUCUGCAGAUGAACUGGAAAACUGGAUUCUGCCUUCUCAAGCUGGAUAGCUUUCACUUCCUGUGAUACCGUCUGGUGAUAUCGUUUUAAUUUAAAAUAUUAUUCAAUAAACAAAAAUGUGCAGUGAUUGGUUUAAUUUGUGGAUUCUUGUAAUGCAUUCUAUUGUAAAUUCAUGGACAAUUACGUACAUGUUCAUGUAAACCCCAUUUAAAAGGCACGCAUUUUCCGCCGUAUGAUAUUAUGUACAGAUCGACAGGUAUUAAUACUAUUUAAUACAUAAUGGAUGCUGCAUUCUGUACGACACUUUAAAGUAAAGUC